AUACUGGUAGACACAUUUUCUCCAUGUUUAUGACUUCCUCCUUUCUGUUGAAACUGUCCACAUGCUUCUUGUGGAAUUCAUUGGCUUCUCUUUGUAGUCUGACAUGAUGGUUGUGAGAGUGGUCCAGGAUUUCUGUGCUCUCCAAUAAGAUGCUGUGUCCAGCUUGGUGCAUCAAGUGCUCUGCUGUGGCAGACAUAGAAACCACACUUGCCUGGUUUCCAAGAGACCUCACAACUUCCGAGGAUGUGGGCGAAACGUCAGGAGAGGAUACUUCUGGAACAUGACCAGUCAGCCCGGAAAACUCAGAGGAACCCAGUGACUCCGGCCAUCCACACAGAUUGGGAUCCUGGUUCUGCAAGAGGCAGAGAAGCCAUUCCUCCGACGAGGGUGGAUUUAGGAAGAGGAGGGUGGUCCAAACGGAGCCUCCCCCUCCCCUCUCCCCUCCCGACGGGGCCAGAGCCUUUAUAAAGCCUCCCCUUCCAAGGGCGCCUCCUUUCCGCACCCAGAUCUUCCUCUCGGGCGGGAGGCGGGCGAGGCGUUGUUUUGGACCCCGAGGCUUGACUCGCGUCUCUGCAUCCUCUUGUCAAUCCCCGUCUUCCUCCCUUCGCCUCUCGGAGCCUUCGUGGGGUCUCUCUUCCCCGAGUCCUUCAACUCCUCGCAGUCGCAACUCCUCGCAGUCGCCUCGCGUGAACCCCAAAGCCCCGUCCAGCUGGAAUGAAUAUAUCUGAGCCUCUUUUUCGCCGAGAGGAACGAUCCCAAGCCCGAGGCGACUUUUCAUGGGGAGCCGUCGCGGCAGCGGCAGCAGCUCCAGCUCCAGCGCCGCCUCCGUCCGCAGCCUCCGCGUCUGAUCCGGGACACGCGUCUUUCCCGCCGCCUCCGCCCGGCCGUCGAGCGGCGCCCGACCCGGCCUCUCCCGCCAGCCGGAGCCCCAGCCAGAGCCCCGACCCGGGAUUCGGAUACCGACCAGGAGCAGCAGCCGCAGCCAGCCGCUCGCCCAGCCCCGACCGGGAGACGCAGCCCCAGGGCUAUGGCUUCCGCAGGAGCGGCACCGGCGAGGGCGGCAAGGGCAGCGGGGGCGCCGGCGGAGAGGACUCCCGCAUCCGGCGCCCCAUGAACGCCUUCAUGGUCUGGGCCAAGGACGAGAGGAAGCGCCUGGCCCAGCAGAACCCCGACCUCCACAACGCCGUCCUCAGCAAGAUGCUCGGCCAGUCGUGGAAAGCCCUCAGUGCCAACGACAAGCGGCCCUUUGUCGAAGAGGCGGAGAGGUUGAGGAUCCAGCACCUGCAAGACCAUCCCAACUACAAGUACCGUCCCAGGCGUAAGAAGCAAGCCAAGAAGAUCAAGCGCAUGGAGCCCAACAUCCUUCUCCACAACCUCUCCCAGCCUUGCAACAGCGACAGCUUUGGGAUGAACCCCCGUGCUGCCGGAGGCAUCGGCCACCCGGCCCAUGCCCAGCCUCCGCCUCUCAACCAUUUCCGGGAACUCCGCUCGGUGGGCUCCGACAUGGAGAACUAUGGCCUCCCCACGCCGGAGAUGUCCCCCUUGGAUGUCCUGGAGCAGACCGAGCCGGCCUUUUUCCCUCCUCACAUGCAAGACGACUGCAACGUGAUGCCCUUCCGGGGCUACCACCACCACCCACCACCUCCUCCUCCUCCCCAGAUGGAGUUUUCACCCGAAAAAGCCCUGGGGAGGAACCUGUCGAUGGGCUACCCUCCAAACACCUCGGCACACCUGGCCGAGGCCAUGAGGACUUCCCACCCCUCUGGUAUGUACUACAACCAGAUCUGUGCUGGAGCCACUAAUGGGCUUUCUGCUCACUUGGGCCAACUCUCCCCGCCUCCCGAAUCUCACCCUCUGGAUGGCGGGGAGCACAUGAAUCCCAGCGAGCUUUGGACCGAAGUGGACCGCAACGAGUUCGACCAGUAUUUGAAUAUGAGCAGGACUCGUCCCGACCCGCCGGGAUUCGCCUACCAUGUGUCCAUGUCCAAAUUAACUCCUCGGAGCCUCUCCUGCGAGGAGAGCAGCUUGAUAUCAGCCUUGUCCGAUGCCAGCAGCGCCGUUUACUAUAGCACCUGUAUUACUGGGUAGGGGCUACGCCUUCGGGUUAUGUGUUCACCCGGGGGAGAGGUUUCAGGAUAUAUCUACCUUGCAAGCUGGACCUGGUUCAACAGUCAUUUCCUCUUGCCAAGGAGCCCUGGGGAGAGAUCAGAAGGGUCUACAAUGCAACAACCAGCAUUGUCCCUUUAGUCCAAUUCCCAGGAUUCUUUGUCCAAAGCCAUGACCGUUAAACUGGUGUAUAUUCAAUGUAAGCUUGGAGUCUACAUGUUUCCUUAUGAGCCAGUAACAAGGAAGGCAUGGGCACAGAUGCUAGUUUGGGUUGCCAGAUCUCAGUCCUGUCCGAAGCUCUAAUAGAGAGGGAUUCAAAAUCUCAAUUUUUCAUGAGAAACAAAGUCCCCUGCCAACCUCCAAUUGGGCAGCCAACAAUGAAGUUUGCUCCACGCUGCAAAAUUAAUAGGCUUGAACUGAAUUAUGUACUUUGCACAUUUCCAACACAGAAAAUAGGUUAUCUGCAUGCAUAUUUGAAUGACAAGCAGUGCACAAUAGUGGUUGCACAUAAUGCAUAAAGCCAUCACCAGGAUCUCCUGCAAAGUUUCAUGUUUUGGUUCAGAAUUUUCAAUGCAAGGUAUGAUCCUGACCUGGCAGCCUUAAGGCCUAGUCAUAUUGGCUCAUAUAUCCCUUGGGGAGAUAGAGCGGAAUAUAAAUAAAGUUAUGUAUAUUGGAUCUGCAGGUGCAUCUGCACUGUAGAAUGAAUGCAGUUUUGACACCAUUAUAAUGAUUUGGAAUCCUAGUUGUAUAGUUAGGUGAUGCAUCAGCACUCUUUCACUGAGAAGGCUAAAAAACCUUGGAAAACUCCUAUGAUUUGAUAGCAUUGAACCAUGGUAGUUUUAGUGGUGUUAAACUGCAAUCACUCUACAGUAUAGAUGCAUCCUUAGUAUACACUUAAGAAUAUUUAAGCUUGAACCUUUAAAUACAAAGCUUGACAAAUAUGCUUGCAGAAACAGGUAUCAUGCUCCUGAGCUGGACAAACUUCUCUGCCAAAAUUCAAAGCUUGGAAAAAACUACGGGGACUUGUAGUAACUUUUCCAAGGUCUGACAAGGGUGUGGUGGAUGCAUUUAAACAGAUUCAAAGCACCUUUGCUUCUCUACUCUUUACGUUCAGCUGUGGAUGCCAUGACAAGUGGGAAUGAACACAGUGCAUGGGCCAAACUGAGUCUGAUGCUCAAUGCUCAUGGAAAGCCACACUCUGCCACAACCCUUUUGUGCCCCCAAAUGCCUUCCUGUGCACCAGGCCUCCAAACCUUCUCCCCUUCUCUGUGAACACUGACCUAGGCCAUAUCUAUACUGUUGAAUUAAUGCAGUUUAACACCACUUUCAUUCCCAUGGUUCAGUACUAUGGAAUCCUGGUAGUUGUAGUUUGGCAAGGCCUUAGAAGACAUUGUAAAACUACAACUCCCAGGAUUCCAUAGCAUUGAUCCAUGGCAGCUAAAGUGAUGCCAAACUGCAUUAAUUCUAUAGUGUAAGUAUACCCCUAUUUAGAUCUCAUUAAAUGCAUUGCUUUUUUUAAAAUGGAAAAAAUAACGCUGAACCACUGAUAUACUGUAUUGCUAUGUAGCAUGAAGAUAUGAACUGUUCCGAAGCAGAAAGAAACUGCACUUAUAGAUUGCAGAUGCCACCUUUCCUGAACUUUUGGUGGGUAUGUAGGGGAGGGGAUGCUGGCAAAUUCAUUUUCUCUUCUUCAUUCAACACUCUGAUAUAAACACCUUCCAAGGAGAUGGAAGUGCAUUCAAUCUCUUUUCAGACUCACAAUAUCAGCUUCUUUGGCUAUGGAUCUAGAGAAACCGGGGCAAUAGAUUUCGAUGUUUUGCAUUCAAGAAAGGGAUUUAUCUGAAACAUCUUGAAGUGAGGCUGCCAAUCUGACUUUUGCUGAUUUGAUUAAAAUAUUUUUCCUGGGAAGCUGUAGGUCCUCCAGUGCAAUUUUAUUGUCAACUUCCACUAGAGUUGUGCUAGAUUUCUAGGAGUUGUGGGUCAAAACAUCUGGGGACCCACAGGUUGAGAUCCACUGAUGUAGAGGUUCCUAAAGAGAUGUUUUCUCAGGUAAAAGGGGCAAUUUUAAUUCAUUUUUUUCCACACUUAUGAGGUUGUAUGCCCCUAACUUCAGCAAAUAUGGUGGGCUGACUGUAUUUGUAAAGAAUUUGCACCUAGGAAAAGUAACAUCCACAAGUUAUGUUGGCUAAAUAGAUGCAAUGUACAACAAAGGAAAAGCAAGUUUUAAAAAGUCUUCAAAGGGACUGUGCAUUUUACAAGAGAGUCUUUUAAGGCUUGCAUUAUUCUCCCUAGGUUGUUAUUCUUUUUUAUUGACCACUCACGUCUACUAUAUACUCAUGUAUAAGUCUAGAAAGUUGGGUCAAAGAAAUCAACUUAAAAUACUAGGUCAACGUAUCCACAGAUGCAUGUGAGUGCUGUACCUUAAAUCAUAUCAAAACAGAAACCAUCCUUUUAUCUGAGUUGUGAGUCCUUUUUGCUCUCCAAGAAUUGACUCUCAGCUUGCUAUAUACUCAUGUCUAAGUUAAUAUAAUAAGGAGCCCCGGAGGCAAAGUGCGUUAAAGCACUGAGCUGGAGACUGAAAGGUCCCAGGUUCAAAUCCCAGGAGCGGCGGGAGCGGCCGCUGUUAGCUCCAGCUCCUGCCAACUUAGCAGUUCGAAAACAUGCCAAUGUGAGUAGAUCAAUAGGUACCACUCCGGCGGGAAGGUAACAGCGCUCCAUGCAGUCAUGCUAGUCACAUGACCUUGGAGGGGUCUAUGGACAACGCCGGUUCUUCGGCUUAGAAAUGGAGAUGAGCACCAACCCCCAGAGUCGGUCAUGACUGGACUUAACGUCAGGGGAAACCUUUACCUUUUAAGUUAAUAUCAUGUGUAAGUCAAGGGCCUGUUCCAACAAAGUCUGUCCAUGUAGUCAUACCCCAAACUCAAGAAAGCCUGCUUAGGACUUGGAUAUUAACCCAUUACAUGGGGUUCGAUGUUAUGGGUAGAAGGCUUCCUAAAUCCCAGGGCAAAAUCAGCAAAAUUGGACAGCGCUAAAUCCAUAUUUUGCAGUCUCAUUGAUACAUGCAUUGCUGUGCAUUUGGAGCUGUCUUAUCAAUAAGCAUCUAGUCUAAACCAGUGGUUCUCAGCCCGUGUGUCCCCAUGUGUUUUGGCCUACAGCUCCCAGAAAUCCCAGCCGGUUUACCAGCUGUUAGGAUUUCUGGGAGUUGAAGGCCAAAACAUCUGGGGACCCACAGGUUGAGAACCACUGAUCUAGUCAAAUGCUCUCCCACAGCAGUUCUUCAAGAUAUCAAGAGCAAAACCUCCCUUUUGAAUCUUGUGCCAGGGAGACCCAAAAGGGAGACCUUCUGUAUGCAAAACUGAGCUGUAAACAGUUUUUUUGAAGGGUGAAGACUUCCCAGUCUUAACACAUUCAUCGAGAUCUGUGCCAAAGCCAUCAAAAUGGAUGUUUUCCACAUUCGAGCUGUAGGACUCCAUCAGAAAUAAACAAGAAAGCAUCCAAAACCUGGAACUCAUUCUGCCACAAGUGACUGUUGAGGGACUGAGAAAUAUCUCGCAGACAUAUCUUCCUUUGUUAUCAAGAAUAUUAUCUUUCAUUUGAACCAUAGGACUCUAUUUUUAUUAAGCCUUUUUUAAAAAAAAGAAAAGUAUCUUAUCUGUUUAUCUUAUCUACAAAUAAUAUUUAAUUUGUUUUAUACUAUCCAUUCCUGUAACUCCUUUUUGGUAAGAAAUUGAAGGAUAUCUGUGCUGUUGGAAGGAUUUAUGUGGAAAGGAUGGACUGAAGUAUAAUGAAUGGAGAGAUGGGCAGUUUGGUGUAAAAUCACACGGAAUGAUAUUUUGGAAUUUGGAAAUAAUUGGGAAUUUGGGUCCCAAUCUUGUGCAUAAGUGGCAGCUUUGCAAGAGCCACGCUAAACCCUGCGUCCCAUUGAAUGGGGCCCUAAGUUUUAAACUGGUAAUUUACGAACAACAUCUUUUCCUAAUUCCUUGACUCUCAUGAGCUUGUUACACGAACACAUGUUUCUCCCCCAAAUAAAUGUUGCCCCCAACUGUUUCCAGAUUUCUUUCUGGCAGCCAAUGCCUGUUUGGACUUUGCAUCGGUUUCGAGAGAACACCUCCCACUAAGUACACAGAGGGCAGUUUGGGAGCAGGACGAAUAGGAAAGAUAUGAAAGAACGGGUGAGAUCAUGACUCAGGAUGGCCGGUGGCAAUCUCCGUGCCUGUUUUUCUCUGUUGUGCGCUAUCGGCGUGUUUCGAUGGAUGUGCCAUCUGUUCUCAGAUUUGAAAAACUCAGUCCUCUAAUAAAACUCCACGAUAUCCUUUU